AGAAAUGAAGAAAAGUAGCGACGCUGGAGGCUGCUUCUAUCUCAGUGGCACGUGUAAAUGGAAGCAAUUUGCAAGAGAUUAUCUUGGGUCAAAAUAGGAAUGAAGCCACUAUAAUCUUGGAGUACUGAAGCUUUCUCAUUCCUCUCCCCCUUCCCCUGUUCAUCAUCCUCGUCAGAGUUAAAACAGGAGCCCCGGUAUUUUCCAAAAUAUUGGAGGUGAUUUUCCAUUAAAUGAUGGGACGAGUCAUAGCUGGCUGUCUAUAAGACCCCCUAACAGGUGCACAGGGACAUUACCAAGAAGGCUUCCUUGCCACUCACAGCGGACAGCAGAGGCUUUCCCUGCUCGGACCAGUAGUUUAGAUUUGAUCUGUCUUGAGAAUGCAACACUCGAUCGACUUCCCAGGAGCAGAGCGCAAAGUUGAGGGAGAGAAAAAGAGCGUGUGUGUGUGUGUGUGUGUGUGUGUGUGUGUGUGUGUGUCUGUGUGUCUGUGUAUGUGUGUGUGCGCGCGCGCGCGAGUAUCUUGAUCAGUGGGGUUGGGGCGGGCAGUAAAUAAAGGGUGGGGCCAGCGAGCGGAGGAGGAAAGCAAAGAUUCAGAGAAGCCAGAACGUGGCUCCGCUCUCAGUUAACCUGCUGGAGCUCAUUAGGCUUGCUCAGAGCCCCUGCACCAACUCACCCUGUACCCUCUCUCCUUCUUCGUUAGUCUUCUUUCCCCCUUUUCCCUCCUCUGUCUGUGCCUACCCCCCCACUUUUGCAUCUGACCAAAGGACGAACGAGGGAGACGUUCCUGCAGAUCGGGGCAGCAACUUUCCUCGGCUGGUCUCUGGGCUCCGGGAGCCAGAGAGCGCUGAUCCUCCGCGGUCUGCGGCCCAUGGAAGAGGAGGAGGAGGAGCCGUGAUGGGCUAGCGACAGCACUGAGGAGCCCCGAGCGAGCUCAGCCUUGCCAGCCAGCUCCGCGGUCCCACGCGGGUUCCCUCGAGCUCGCUCCGUGGGGAGCGCGCAGCGUGCUUGGAACCAGAGCAUCCAGAGAGGAUGAGGCGGGGACCCGGCCCAAGUUGGGUGCAUCUCUCGGGCGUCCGGCAGCGGCUGUAUCUCGGCAUGAAUUAAGAAGCUAGGAAGAUGGAGCACUGCACACUCCUCGCCCAGCCCGGGCUCUGGACCAGGGACACCAGCUGGGCACUCCUCUAUUUCCUCUGCUAUAUCCUCCCUCAGACCGCCCCGCAAGUACUCAGGAUCGGAGGGAUUUUUGAAACAGUGGAAAAUGAGCCUGUUAAUGUUGAAGAAUUAGCUUUCAAGUUUGCAGUCACCAGCAUUAACAGAAACCGAACCCUGAUGCCUAACACCACAUUAACCUAUGACAUCCAGAGAAUUAACCUUUUUGAUAGUUUUGAAGCCUCGCGGAGAGCAUGUGACCAGCUGGCUCUUGGCGUGGCUGCUCUCUUUGGCCCUUCCCAUAGCUCCUCCGUCAGUGCUGUGCAGUCUAUUUGCAAUGCUCUCGAAGUUCCACACAUACAGACCCGCUGGAAACACCCCUCGGUGGACAACAAAGAUUUGUUUUACAUCAACCUUUACCCAGAUUAUGCAGCUAUCAGCAGGGCGAUCCUGGAUCUGGUCCUCUAUUACAACUGGAAAACAGUGACCGUGGUGUAUGAAGACAGCACAGGUCUAAUUCGUCUACAAGAGCUCAUCAAAGCUCCCUCCAGAUAUAAUAUUAAAAUCAAAAUCCGCCAGCUGCCCUCUGGGAAUAAAGAUGCCAAGCCUUUACUCAAGGAGAUGAAGAAAGGCAAGGAGUUCUAUGUGAUAUUUGAUUGUUCACAUGAAACAGCCGCUGAAAUCCUUAAGCAGAUUCUGUUCAUGGGCAUGAUGACCGAGUACUAUCACUACUUUUUCACAACCCUGGACUUAUUUGCUUUGGAUCUGGAACUCUAUAGGUACAGCGGCGUAAACAUGACCGGGUUUCGGCUGCUUAACAUUGACAACCCUCACGUGUCAUCCAUCAUUGAGAAGUGGUCCAUGGAGAGACUGCAGGCCCCACCCAGGCCCGAGACUGGCCUUUUGGAUGGCAUGAUGACAACUGAAGCGGCUCUGAUGUAUGAUGCUGUGUACAUGGUGGCCAUUGCCUCGCACCGGGCAUCCCAGCUGACCGUCAGCUCCCUGCAGUGCCAUAGACAUAAGCCAUGGCGCCUCGGACCCAGAUUUAUGAACCUGAUCAAAGAGGCCCGGUGGGAUGGCUUGACUGGGCAUAUCACCUUUAAUAAAACCAAUGGCUUGAGGAAGGAUUUUGAUCUGGACAUUAUUAGUCUCAAAGAGGAAGGAACUGAAAAGGCUGCUGGCGAAGUGUCUAAACACUUGUAUAAAGUGUGGAAGAAGAUUGGGAUUUGGAAUUCCAACAGUGGGCUUAACAUGACGGACAGCAACAAAGACAAGUCCAGCAAUAUCACUGAUUCACUGGCCAACAGAACACUCAUUGUCACCACCAUUCUGGAAGAACCCUAUGUUAUGUACAGGAAAUCGGAUAAGCCUCUAUAUGGAAAUGACAGAUUUGAAGGAUAUUGCCUGGACCUGUUGAAAGAAUUGUCAAACAUCCUGGGUUUCAUUUAUGAUGUUAAACUAGUUCCCGAUGGCAAAUAUGGGGCCCAGAAUGACAAAGGGGAGUGGAACGGGAUGGUUAAAGAACUCAUAGAUCACAGGGCUGACCUGGCAGUGGCUCCUCUUACCAUCACCUACGUGCGGGAGAAAGUCAUUGACUUCUCCAAACCCUUCAUGACCCUAGGCAUCAGCAUUCUCUACCGGAAGCCCAAUGGUACCAAUCCAGGCGUUUUCUCCUUCCUCAACCCCCUGUCUCCAGAUAUUUGGAUGUAUGUGCUCUUAGCCUGCUUGGGAGUCAGCUGUGUACUCUUUGUGAUUGCAAGGUUUACACCCUACGAGUGGUAUAACCCCCACCCAUGCAACCCUGACUCAGACGUGGUGGAAAACAAUUUUACUUUACUAAAUAGUUUCUGGUUUGGAGUUGGAGCUCUCAUGCAGCAAGGAUCAGAGCUGAUGCCCAAAGCUCUAUCGACCAGAAUAGUUGGAGGGAUAUGGUGGUUUUUCACCCUAAUCAUCAUUUCAUCCUACACGGCCAAUCUGGCUGCCUUCUUGACAGUAGAGAGAAUGGAAUCCCCCAUAGAUUCGGCAGAUGAUCUGGCAAAGCAAACCAAGAUAGAAUAUGGGGCGGUUAGAGAUGGAUCGACAAUGACCUUCUUCAAGAAAUCAAAAAUCUCCACCUAUGAGAAGAUGUGGGCUUUCAUGAGCAGCAGGCAGCAGACCGCCCUGGUAAGAAACAGUGAUGAGGGGAUCCAGAGAGUGCUCACCACAGACUACGCGCUGCUGAUGGAGUCCACCAGCAUUGAGUAUGUGACGCAGAGAAACUGCAACCUCACUCAGAUCGGGGGCCUCAUUGACUCCAAAGGUUAUGGAGUGGGAACACCUAUUGGUUCUCCUUACCGGGAUAAAAUUACCAUUGCUAUUCUUCAACUCCAAGAAGAAGGGAAGCUGCAUAUGAUGAAAGAGAAGUGGUGGCGUGGGAAUGGCUGCCCCGAGGAAGACAACAAAGAAGCCAGUGCCCUGGGAGUGGAAAAUAUUGGAGGCAUCUUCAUUGUUCUGGCUGCCGGACUGGUCCUUUCUGUAUUUGUAGCUAUUGGAGAAUUCAUAUACAAAUCACGGAAGAAUAAUGAUAUUGAACAGGCUUUUUGUUUCUUUUAUGGACUGCAAUGUAAGCAAACCCAUCCAACCAACUCCACUUCUGGAACCACUUUAUCUACGGAUUUAGAAUGUGGUAAAUUAAUUCGAGAGGAGAGAGGGAUUCGAAAACAGUCCUCAGUUCAUACUGUGUAAUCAGUUUAAAAAAAAAAAAGUGUGCCCAGUAGAAAAUGUUUUUGCUAAUUGGUGUUGUUGAUAUUUGUAUUUGCUAAGCAUAAAUAGCCACAAUUCUCUAUUCCUUUAGGAUAGCAAAACUCAUGUAUUCUAGACAUUGAAAUGAAUACACUGGAAAGAGACUUGCACUGUAUGUUGAAGCAGGGGCAUAUUAGGGGUAUAAAGACUUCUAGAAAUGUGUAUUUACAGGAAUCUUCUCUGUCCCACUCAUCAUCUUAGUUCUAUCUUCAUGCAUUAAAAAUAAGUAACUCUUCCUUCAUGAAAAAGGAGAUGCAGACUUUCAACAGGGCAAAGCAUGGAAACAAGAUGCUAAUUCUAUGGACUUCUUUUCAUCUUUGUGAACUUUGUUCCCUCCUCUUUUCUUCUCCCUGUCUCAUAUAUUGUGUAGAUCUGCAUAUUUUCAAACUACCCAAAACCCUUACCUUUUCAACAGUACACACAUAACUCCAUAACAAUGUUAAUUUUUAAUUGAAAUUGAUUCCACGAUUUAAAAUGUAUUAUUUACACAAAGACUCAAAAGUGUCUUAGCAUUUAAAGAUUUAAAAACCAUGAUCCACAGAAAGAAAACUAAACUUGAAACCUCUGGUGUCACAGAAGAGCACUAGCUAUGUUGAACAUCACUCAUGGAAACAACACAGUCAAGAAUAAUUCCUGGGCAGAAAUUCAUUAACCUCAAACUCUUAAAUAACAUUUACUUGUAGAAUUUAACAGUCUUCUGUAGGUUCUGAGUCUCUAAGGAAUGGUGAUAUUUUUCAAGCUAUAUAGUACUUCUUUGAAGAUCCCAGCAAAGUCCUAAGCUAUGUACUAAUUCAUUUCUAUUUACCACUCACUUUGCAUUGAUGAACAUCUUUCUACGAGAUGUUAUUCCACUUCCUUCCCACUUACCCUAGAUAGAGGGGUUGUUCUUGGAACAAUCUUUUCUGAACAUCACCAUUUUCACAGUUAUUUCUUUGGAUCCAUCAUUAUUAUUAAUUCAUUUAAAGUAUUCUGGGGAAACGGGCAAGAAGGAAAAAAUAAAGGAAAGAAUGUCCAUACACAUUAGUUACAGAUCUCUGUAGAUUCAUUUUCCAUCUGCAUUCAAAGUGCUAUAAAUAAUUCCCAUGCUAACUCAACCAGGUGACAUAAAAAACCUCUUGCACAUUUAAUUUGUUGUGACAGAGAAUAUCUGAUGAUUCCUCACUAGUGAAUAAGAGAGUUGAAGGUGUGUUUCAUCUUUUCUAAAUAUGGGAUCAGUUGGUCUUUAUUCUUUUCUUAAUGGGAUUAUCUUUUGACAUAUCAAGAAAUCCCCUAAAGCACAUUCCUUGAAGUAGAGAUAUGCCAUCUGUGCAAUCAUACAGCAUUUUACCUUCUCUUUGCUUAGCUUUAAAUGGCUCCCAGUUUUGGAAGCCACAGGCUUCUCCAAUCAACUGUAUAUUUCUCUAGUAAAGCAUAUUCAGGAAAGUUGACUAGUUGACUCUUGUCCUGAUUGUUUCUCAGCUUUGCUUCCUUCUUUAAAGAAAUGUACUCUAAAGAAAAUAUCAUAAAUUACACUAACAUUGUUUUAUUAUUAUUAAACUAGAAGCAACAUACUAUUUGUCCCAGGUCAGAGUUCACAUUUUCAUAAUCAAUAGAAUCAGAUGUUGGGGUGAAUAUGACAUUAUUCUUAGUUUCAUAUUUCAUGUAUUCAGUAUAUAGAAACCACAAAUUUCAUAAGUUUACUCUCCCAAAGACAAUUUAAUAAACCAAAAAUGCUACCAAAAGAGUUCAAGUGUGAUUGAUGAAGUAUUGACAAUCAAAAUUAACAAUAACUGACAAAACAACUUUCUGCAGAGACUAUUACUUAAAAGUGUAAUUCAGAGAUUUGGAUAAAGAAAUGAUCUCUUUCAAAAGUUAAUAUUUCUAUACUACUUUAGACUGUAUACUACCUAAUUCUGAUAUUUAUGUAUUAUUUUAUAGUUUUCAAAAUGUUUUCACAUACAUUACAUUUGAUCCUUUCAACAAUUUAAAUUCAGCUUUACUAACAGAGAAGUAGAUAUCCAUCAUUGGCCUGUAGUUAUAGAUUUUAGAAGCUGAGGAAAAUUUUCUAAAACAGCCAAACUUAGAUUCAGGUUCUAGCAGAGCCACACGCUGAAUGACUGCAGGCAAGUUACCAAAUUUCUCAGUCUCAAUUUCUUAAUAUGUAGCAGUGGGACAAAAUUUCUGGAACACAAAGUUUUGUAGGGGUGUUUUUCAAAAUGUGUUCAAUUGGCAAAUGUUUCUCAAAUAGAAUUUUCAUAGUUAAAUAACCCAUAGAGCGUCACUCUAAAUGUUCCUUUACUACAUGCUAUCUCAGUGUGCGUCACAAGUUUUUGCGCAUUGAGAAUUUUCAACAAAGUAGAAAAGUAUUCAGCACUUCUCAAGCCUAUUAGAUUGCAGAUUUUUUUCCCCACAGCAUCUUGACAGACCAGUGUUCCACAGAUCAUCCUCAAGGGAACACAGGUAUGAUCAUGUGAAUCUCAUCCCAUAAUAGUGUACAAAACAUCUUGCAUUGUGCUUGGCACAUAGUAGCCACUCAAUAAAUAAUUAUGUAUUCUUUAGAGUAAAUUUCUAAGCCUCAAUUUUCUUACUUCUAAAAUGAAGGUAAUAUUAUGGACUUUAUACAUUUACUAUGAUAAUUAAAUAAAAUCAUGGCAUAGAAAAUGAAAUAAUUAAUAAAAGUCCUGUUAAUAUAUAUCCGUUAACAACUGUUGGUAUCUUCUGGAGAAACUAAGUGUUGUUCUCUGGUCACAUGGGCAGUAACUAAAAUUUAUCAAGCAUCUUAAAAUGGAAUCUGGUUUAGAAAAUUGGUUUUCUAAUUUAGAGGCUCAAGCUCUAUCUCUAAGAGCAGUUUUUCUUGUACAAGCAUUAUAAAUCAAUGGCAGAGGUCACUGCACUCGGAAGAAGGACCCAAAUUGGUAAUAUGUGAAGAUCUAUAGUAGAAGCUCUGGACCUCGUCUCUAGAAAUUCUAAUUUAAUUAGUUGGGGCAUGACAAUGGUAAUUUUUUCAGAUGCCCAGUUGAUUUUAAUGUGCGGGAAACGCUGAGAACCACUAAGCUAAGGCACAA